CGGGAUUCUUCACCUCCAUGCGCUGGUUUUACUGAAGAUGGGAGAAGUGUUGCUGUGGUCGACGCCCGCGCCGGCAGGCCGCCCGCAUUCUCAAAUAAACGACAAAACAAUAGUAUGACGCUUUCAGCUCCUUCCAACUUUCGAACGCGACCAAAUAGGAACAAUCAUCGCGGCCAGCAGUCAAAUUCUUUCGGUGGAAGGACCACCAGCCUAAGAAACAAAUCGAACUUGUGCUCCGCCUCUUCCGCGCUGCUGUUUUAUCCCGGGAACGAGCACACAGCAAAAGCAAAUGCAAACGGGGAAACGGGCACAUCAUCGAAGGGACGGACGCAUGAGGAUCAUCCAAGUUCUCAUCACCGCAAUUUGCAUCCUCACCGCGACCGUCCGCGUAAACGACACCGAUCUCACGGAUCGGCUGUCGAAGGUGGUGGGGACUUUCAGUUUGCGCAACCAGCAACAUAUGGUACAACAAUUUCAGGUCCUGGGUCACCCCAAUCUUCAACCUCAUCCGCGUCGAGUAUAAUACCAGAAUUACUUCGAAAGCCAUAUGGCUUUGUGGAUGCCCUGGCCGCACACCAGAUGGCGAUGGCGAGCCGUGGUCGACAACAAGCAGCAAGGUCACCGUUGGACCACGGCGACCAGGUUUUACAUCGAUUAGUCCUCUUGGAUGCGUGGGUCUACUCCUGUAGCGAAAGGACUGUUGCGGUGGCGUCGCUACUUCCGUUCCAAGCCCUCCCACUUGCGGUUGUCACCUACCGGCUCAAUCCGCUACGUGACUACUUCGACGCGAAAGCAAUGGAGGAAAACGCAGCGGAUGAAGAGGGUAGUAGUAGUAGUGGUUUCGCCGACUAUGCUGGCGGCUCGCUGGAAGGUGGCCCGUUGCUAUUUUAUCCCGAAAAAGAACAAGAAUCUUUUGAUAGUAGUAGUGACAGCUGCGAGGAGAUUUUCUUCAGUAAAGAGCCGGAGCGCAGCGUGCCGGUGACGAUGAGGCGACCGAGUCUGCAGAAGUGGAAAGUAAUGCAUCAAAACAACGUCGGCUCCAUUUCACCAUCCUCUCAAGCUGGCAUGCACGUCCCUGAGUCGUUCUCUUCCGUUGCUGGUACUGUUGCCGCAUUCAACCGUAUCGCAAGACGGCCAACUGUUUCCGCUCCGCGGCAGCACCACGUGAGAAAAAUGCUGAAAAAGAGGCGUCUCGGCGACCACGCGGGCGGCCUGCAGAUUCCGGCCUGGUGGGAGGAUAUGUGUUGCUCCGCUGGGCCCCGGCCGUUUUUUUUCUAUCAAGAACAGCAGAAGCCGCAACAGGAGGAGCAAUUCCAAGUUCAAUUUCCAUCCUUGAUCUCCUCUCCGAACCCCGGACCCGGAGACCUCGAGGACGCAUUCAAAGUAGAAGAAGUAGAAGUGCAUCGUGAAGCGGGAGUAACGAAGAUAAACAAGAUGAGCAAUGCUCCAAUAGCUGCGGACUCGGCCUCGGGGAUCUGGUUUCACCGAAUAAAAAACGCUAGUGCCACACCGCUGCAGCACAUGACACGCUCGCAGUACUUCGCAAACAAAAGCCGAGACCUGCGCCGCGAGAUUGCGGAAAAGAGACGAACUGAAAGCGCGCCACCCGGUGAACAAAGCCAAAAGAUUUCCCAAAUGGGAAUCAUCACACGCAGGUACAUUUUUUUGCUUCGUCAAGUGUUGCAUUUUUCAUUUUUUCGUGCUGUCAAAAAUGAAAAUCAAGGCCACGGCAGGCUGUGCAGAGACUAAGGUUUCAUCCACAUUACCGGGGGCUGCAAGUGGAUUUUAGUGUAGAAUUUCUUACCCCACGAAGCUAGGAACUUCUUUGCAAACACACUUAGAUUUUUUCUGACUUGAUAAUAAAAAAAUGCAAAAAACAAAUAUCAAAUAUCAAACAUUCAUGAUUAUUGAUAACCUUUCUUGUCCGAUCUACAACAGCACAUCUCCGCUAAAGCAGAGAAAUGAAGACCAAUUCCAAGGCGUUGACCAGAAAGAGAUGGAAGCGCGACCAGCAGGAUCUUCAUCUUUAGCCAUGCAAACAAAUUCGGACCAAGAAGCCACGUCUCGAGGUAAAAACAAACUUGGCUUUAGGUACAGCUUGAUGAAGUUUUUUGGGUUUAUGUAUGAACUGACGUUCGCACAUCCACAAGAUCAAAAGAAAAUAAAAACUACUCCGUUGUUUCUGAGGAGCCUGAACUUCGCAAUGGCAUCGCACAGAACACGGCCUGGAUUUUUUUUCUUUAUUUUCCCAUAAAAAUGAAAAUCUGAAUCAGGUGUCAGAUUGGGCGGCGCCGGAGGUCCCACCGGGCAAUCAGCCAGUUUCCCCUACACUGACGGGCCUCGCUGGCUGUUGGAAGCAGACGGAGGGUACGCGGCCCUUCAAACCGCCCUCACGUACGGGCCACGAACCAGUGCGGAGCGAGAGCAGUGGCGCGAUAUCGUCAUCGAGUUAAUGCAUUCGGUUUUCGAGUCAAAGGGAUUAAUUAAUCUCCAGCAUUGCCUCGCGUCUGUCUUGCAGCGCAGUGCGGAGCUGCAACAAGAAGAUGUCGCACAGACGCGGAUGGAAACCGCCGGCCUAGGCAUCAACACUGCGGCGAUCAGUCGAAGUGGAAUUACCAAGAACUUCCAGCGCGGUGCAUCUGCAUCAUCUGAGGACGCACAAUUUACGCCACUCGUUGUCGUGGGUCAACAAGAACUGCAGGAAACCUUCCUCCAGCCUGAUCUGACAUCGACAAGUGACACGACAACAAGCAUGUUGGACAUGACCUCGGUCGUGGUUUCUCCCCGACCUAACCUGCACGAAGAUGAGUUUCUCGAUAUGGAGCAGAACAACAUCACGAAGACGCCGGCUGGGCUCGGGCGUCAGGUGCCAGGAGGCCCUGUACAGCGACGGCGCGGCGAGUCGCUGCAUCGACGAGAUAAUGAACAAGUAGCAGCAAAGGCAAGCGAGCAGUCCCAAAAUUUGGCCGUGACUGAUGCAGCACCGUAUGGACGAGAUGUACUACCGAUUGCCGCGGCUGAGCCUAAAGCUAAUGCUACCGAAACCGAUUCAACGCCACUGCGAACCGGCGCAACGCAUAUGCAAGUCGCUACCUCGCAGCCGCAGCUUAGCCAGUAUGAUCACAAGAACGCGUCCGCAAAGCAAACGGGUGUCAUCGGCAAGCUCAUCGCGAAGUUUGAGUCGCCUGCCGGAAAAACCAACCUGGUCCUCAACGAGGUGAGGAGUUCGCGUGAUCCAGCAUCGACUCAAGGAGUAGAAGACCAACGAGAAGACGCAGAAGAAUAUCGCCAAGCGGCUGAACAUCAUAAGGCGGCCGGGGCCGCUCCAGCAUCGACGAGUCUCUACUAUUCUACUCCCUGCUCUGGUGGGCGGCCCGGGUCCCAGAGUGGCUCCUCCUCAUCAUCGUUAGCGAUGCAGCGACGGCGAAUGAAAAUGAAUGAAGCUGCCAACGUCGGGAAAGGAUUCCAUUUCGCACGUCCAAAUAUGUCGUAUCCUUUGCAAAAGUAUCGCUAUCGCGCUCGCAAGCAGUUGUGAUCGCAGUCAUGCAUAGACAGAUCGACGUGGACGUCCAUUUGUCACGUCUCCAUUUGUCAUUUUUCUAAGCCAGUUCGUAGUGCUAGUGCUAGUGCAAAACUUAUGAUUUUUACAAUUAGUACUAUCGAGAGGACACUUUUGCAAUGCAUAGGUCAUCUUCUCUAGCAGUUGAAUCGACGGGCCGUGAGCAAAAGUGUGAGAGGGCUGCAGAAGCUCAACCUGAUUUCGACACGGAUGCGCAAGCGAUAGUGCGUCUGGCAGCUCCCGAAGGGCGAGCUCUGGCACUGGCGAAAUCUACACAAACCCAGCCGAACGCUGCAGCCAAACAAGUCGAGGCCGCAAACAGGGAACGAGAGCCAGCUGGUGCUAGCAGUAAUGAAGUCCAAUUUUUCCUAGGACUAGGAGCACAAGAGACGACGAAGCUUGGCGAGGAUUCUUCGGUAGGAGAAAUUCUGCACGGCCGGCGCAUGAAACGUCAGCGCGAGGAGUCUUUCGGCCAUGUAGAUCGUCCGGUACAUACUUCUUCUACCAGCUAUCUAACGCACUCAGCCCGUAGAGCAAAUACUUCAAAGGAAUUCACAGCACGAGAAAGAGUCAAUCGCUUUCUCGCAGUCACGUCAUCUUCCGCCUCCGCUGUCCGCCCUGCAGCCACACAGCGUGACCGAAGUAGUACUCCCAGGCAGAGGCAAUGGAUGCAGAUGUCGCCAGAUGGAGAUCUCGACGCUCUCUCCUCGGACAACCGACAACUACGACACCGUGAAGAAAAUCGAAACGCGCGCUUGGUGGCAUCACAUGAAAAUGAUGAAGCUCAAUCAGAAGACGAGCAGCAACAUGACGGAAUGACGGUAGCUUCCAGUCCCUGUACAACCAAUGGCGAAGUACUAACACCAGAUGAAGAUCAUGUUGAUCACGAACGCGAUAGGUUUUUUUCUGACGACGCUGCGGAGACCAGAAGCGCCAGUCGCGGUAGAGAUGUUGCGCGGUCGCCGCCGGUACCUGAGCUAUCACUCGGUGCGGAGGUUCUACCAGAAAGAAAAUUGUCCCUAGCGCCCGUUGCAUCUCCGUUUCUAGGACGUGCAAGCAAGCAGCUCCGCAUCUUUUUUCAUGAAAAAAAGGGUUCUGUCAGACAGUCAUAGUACAAGAACCUGUACGUAGCGCAAGCGUUCCAUCGAUCAAUGCAUCACCAUCGAAAUCAAUCUAAAUGUUCCUCUUGAGUUUAGUAAGUGAGCUGGACGCGGGACAUUUCUAUAUUCUGAUAGAUCGAGUCCGACAUGCUGGAUGUCGAUGAAGAUGUAGAUGAUGAAGAGGAAGAACAUGGUGGAGAAGCAGUCGCCAGCAACAAGAUUUUCAUCCUCAGCAAGGAGAAGGAACUAGGCCCAACCACAAAACAUAAACAUGUAGAGAACGCCAGUUCAUCCGAGAUUGUUGAGGCAAUUCCUUUACUGGGGACUAGUGAGGUAGAUGAGGAUAGCGACGGCACCGACAAAGGAGGAUGGCGCCAGGAACGAUACUUGCUCUCCGUCAGUGCAAUCGAUAACCGCCCCGCUCCUGAAAAGGUGCGGAACCACCACUACGCUGCUUCCCUUCAAGGACAUCUGCAAUCGAAAACUUCCGCUGUAGAGGUGACGACCCGAGCGGCAGAUCCGGCGCUACCGCUACGCGAUCAGUUGUUUGGUGCUACUUCGUCCACAUUGCGACAAUCAGUGCCCGAGGUUCAGAGGAACAAACAAAUACAACCACUCGUGCCCAACUUCAAUCCGGCCCCUUGUUCACCCCUUUGUGAUGCUGACGGGGACGACUCUUCAGGACGUGUGAUGAAGUUGCUCGACGAAGGCUCGUCACAAGUAUCUUCUCGCGGAGGUUACAGCCUUUCGUAGGGAGAAUGAACAGGGCGAAGCCCUGGUGGACUGUGUAUUUUGUAGGAGGCUGUUGUAG